CUUUUCUCCUUUUCUCCUUUUCUCUUUCAGAAUAAAAAAAGCCCUAGUUUCAUAUACAUCAUCCAGGUCUAGCAAUGGAGUCUCGUUCUUACAUGACUUGUGGAGUGAAAAUCGACACGAAUUCGGAUGGAUGGCAUAAGUGCCUGACUAAAAUGCUGAAAAAAAUCCAAGGUGCAUCUUAUAAUGUAGAUGCAGAAGGAGGCAUGGCAUAUGUUUCUGGGAAAGUAAACCCUAGGAAGCUAAUAAGAAGGCUAGUGAAGGCUGGGAAAGAAGCAGAACUCUGCUGGGUAAGAACUGGAGAUGAAUUUACAUAUGGCAAUGGCAAUGGCAAUGGAUAUUAUGAAGACCAGAGAUAUUAUGAUCCCAGCAGUAACUACAUGGGAUUAACAGCAGGACCUAAUUACUAUAAUAUGAAUGGUAAUUAUGGACAUGGAUAUUAUUCUUCAUACAGCCACCACCAUGGACAUCCUAUGAACAAUUACUAUCCACAGGCGCCAUAUUCAUAUAAUUAUUAUUGAAUAUGAAUUGGCUCACCUGAUUUUGA